AUGAGUGCGGCCAACAAUACUCUGGAGAGCUGUGUGUCAUCGCUGCGCUCGAGCAUGCAAUUGCUCGAUUCUUCCAUCAACAUUAUCGAUUCUGGCACCAGCGACUUUCCCCGUUUGGCUAGAGUCCUGCAGGCCACUAGGCACUUCGAACUUGUCUCCGAGCCAGAACUACAGAAUGCGCAAUCUGCUUUACUCUCCGAAAUACAGCCCGAGGUUGAGUCCAUGCUCGACCGUGUUGCUGCCUACCUCGACAAGCUUCAACGUCGCGAAGAAUCUCUGAUCGCAAAGUGUGAACUACAAGAGGGUCGUCUGUCUUCACGUCAUCCUCAACAACAAUAUCACCCCAGAUCAUCUGCUCCAUCGUCGUCACAAGCCGCCGUCAACCCCAUGGAAGAGCUCAAGAUGCAGCAGCUCAGACAAAAGAAGGAUCGCUUGAGUUAUGCUGUCGGCCGACUCGAACUACAGGCGAACCAAAGAGAGAGACAACUGAGAAAGAGCAUGGCCGGCUUUUGA